GAUUAAAACUGUCAUCCUUUGUAAGAUGUAAGCAGACGCUGAAACGCAAAUCAGACAGAAAGGACUUUUUCUCAGUUUGGACUGUUGGCAUCUCAGAGGACCAAAUCUCUAGGUAUCCUGAUAUUUGGAAAACGGAUACAGUUCAUUCAUAUUUUAUAGCUUGUCUAAGAAAAUGCUUGGAGAAGCCUUCCUAACUGAAUUCCUCUACAAAGAACAGAGACAUGCAAAACUUGACAAACCGCUAAGAUGUAAGAAGACAUCAAAUGAUAAAAAGGAAAAUUGGGAAAAUAAGCUUUUAGAUAUACCGGACAAUUCACUUCCCCCUUUAAAGACCGGAAGUCAAGAGAAAGUUAUGGAAGGAAGUUUAACUGAACAAGACAAUGAUUCAUCUCAAAUGAAAUCUAUGGACAAGCUACCUGUUGCAAAAUGCAAAAGUACAACCCCUCCAGGAAAUGUAUCUGUUGCAUUGCCCAUUCCAAAAAGAGGACAUGAUGAAACACAACUGGAUUUAUAUCGAUCCUGGUCAUGUACAAGUAUUUGCCAGAAUUAUCCUGACCUACAGAUAGGAGGUGACCACGUUAGAAACAUGUAUGAUUCCGGCUGCUUUGUGGAACACACACAUGAUGAUGUUUGUAAUGGUCCUCUUUUACUUUCAGUGGAUAUACCAUUGGGCCACUCGCCUAAAAUGGAGCCUCUAGAGAAAACAUCUACCUCAAAAUUAUUCAAUGGUGAUGAAACUCGAGAAAAAAGCAUGUUAUUACAUAAGCAACCCCUCUCUAAUUCUAUGCUCAAUAAUUAUAUGGAAAGAAAGGUGGAUGAACUCUAUAAACAGUUUUUGGAAGAAAAUCUUACCAGGUGCCUCUCUAUAACCAACCUCAUGGCUUCUAGCAUACUGAUGAAUAAUGUCAAUCAAAUUAGCCUUCAAAUCUCUCAAGAGCAGAACAUAGAAGCAUCCAAAGCCAGAGAAGCCCUCCUCCACUCUUUAGCACUAUGUAAUCUUCGUAAUGUUUCCCACAGAAAUAGUACUGAAUUAAGCACUCCUAACUUACAAAUAUCAAACCAGGCUAGUCGGGAAUUUGUAUGACAUCUAUAAUGGGAAUCAACUAAGAUUGGCUGAGUCAAGUAAGAAACUACAGUAACAAUUGUGUUUUCUUGCUUUUUACGUCUCUUAAAGUUUUCUUUGUGGUGGUGUUACUUUUUUGAGAAAUUAUUUUGGUUCAUCUGAAUUCUUGUAGGAGAUAAUUACAAUAAAUAAGAUUCAUGACCAUCUAUGUUUUCUUUCUGUUUUGACACCUUUAGUAGUUUUCACAUUCAAGUUAGUAUGCUUUGUAUGUACACAUUGUAAUAAGCUUUGUUUACCACAAAAGCAGUAUGAGGAAGGAGCUGUAUCAAAAAAUUUUAGAAGCAUAUGAUCAGUGUUUCAAUAAUCUUCCUCUUAUUUUAUGGUACACAAGACCAUUUACACUGACAGCUAGUACAUCCUGGGAGAAUUUUUUGCAUGUGCAUAUACUAUUUUUGUAUGUAGGUUCAAAGAGACUAUAGAAAAAAAAUACAAUUUAGCUGACAUUUGUAAGAGACUUUGAUAGAAAGAUUAAGGAAAAAUGGAGAAUUUAGUUAGUUCCACUUGAAUUAAACUUUAUUUUAUUUUAAACUCUACUGGCACAAGGAUUACCUCUUUUUUAUUAUUGUGUUAUUCUUGGUUGUUUUUAAAUCUGAGAUGAAGGAAGGUGCACAGGCUGAGUGAUUGAAGUAUAUAGCAAACCAUCAUCUAUAUCUGAGAUUCUCUUGGCAAUGUUUUACACUAUUCAGAUUCUCUGCAACCAUGAUCUUGAUAUGAGAUAAAAGAAAAUGUGUAAAAUUUGAAACUGAAACUAAAUUAACCUAAUUCACCUUUUAAAAUGUUAUAUUCUAUUGCCAAAAUGGAAACAAGAUCUAAUGGCUAACAGAUCACAUUUCUCCUAUGAAUAGUGAAAUGAUCAUUACACAUCAUUGCUUGUAAAUAGAGUGCUAUGGGCUUCUGUUAUGAAUUUCUUUUGAAUGUAUAAUAUGUUAAUGAGUUUAUGUAUUAAUUAUUCCCUCAGAAUAAGUGCUUGUUCUUUAUUAAAUUCUAUAGAAUGAACCAGUUCAAUGUCCUCAUAGCUUGUGAUUUUUAAAUCACACAUUUUCCUUCAGUCCUGUAGCUUUGCUUUUCUCUCCCUCACUCCUUCUCAUCAUCUGCCAUAUUUGUCUAAUCAAUUUUAAUCAGUUAGAUGUUUGAUUCUGAAAAGACAGUGGGCAAACAUUUUGGGAAAACUGACUUAUUGUCAUGUAGAGACUGAAAAUAUUGUGUACAUUGUCUAUUUGUUUGAUUUUAAUAUUUCAAUGCAGAUUACCCCCAUGAAAAUACAUUUUAUUAAAGUCUGUACUUUUACAAAUUGAA